AUGGCUAUUUCUAGUCGUUCAUUGCGUGUGGCUCUUCUUGUACUAUGCAUUGUUAUGGCAUGUAUGGAGGAGGGACACGGCGAGGAUGGAUAUGAUUAUUGUGACUAUGGUGGAUGGCGUGGCUGCAAGAGUUUUUAUAAUCGUGUUGGAGGAGGAGGAGGAGGAGGGGGAGAAGGCAGUGGAUAUGGUGGCAAUUAUAGUAAUGAUGAUAAUGGUGGCAUUGGAAUGGGAUUUGGUAUGGGUAUGGGAUUUGGCUUUGGCAUAGGAACAGCUACAGUAAGUGGAAAUUCUAGUCCAAUUGAUGAAGCUAGCAAGAAUGGUGACAAACAACCCUAA